UGCCUUCCAUUGGGGACACAGAGCGUGGGAACGUGCGGGCGCUCAUCCGCCACCGGAGGGCUCACGGACAGCUGCCAGCCGCCAGCCGCAACCGAGAGCGACGGACACGUCGCGCCCGCUUUUUCUAACGCAUCGUUUAUUUUUUCCCCCGUAUUUUCCACCAGUACCUCCGUUAGAGAAGCGACUGAGAGUCAACGGACGUCGUCACCCGGCGGGGAGGGGAAGUGCCACGGGCUCCAUCUGGGUGACGCUUUACUCUGGGUUUUUACAGAGACAGGUUCUUCAAAUUAAGGCUGUCCAAAGGAGUAACUCAAUAUAUUUGACCAAUGAAAUAAUCCAAGAACGACAGAAGAGUCCUAAGAGAGUUGCAGUGUGUUAAACAAGAAGGUCCUAAACCAAAGGACUACCAGCAACCAACAUCUGUGUGAAGACAAUCAAAAGACCAGCUGAUACUUUCCUUAAUUUUUGUCACAAAGCUCGAUGGUUUGACUGAACCUGUGUCAUGAAGAAAGGUCAACACAUAAGUGAAGAUGAACCCUUAUGUCACUUCGCACUUCAGGAGGGAUCUCUUUCCCCAUUUCCAUUUGUUGUAGAUGUUUCUUGCCCUGCUGUUACUAUCUGAAUGAAAUGGGUUCUUCUAUAUUUGUACAGUUAGAGCCGUAGCUCGUCAGUUUCUUCAGUUCCCUUUGUACUCCCCGCGGUUCAGCGGUUGAGGGUUUCUUUCUGUCUUCUCUUCCAAAGAGGAUGCUUUGUAUACUUGACAGAACAGUUAAGGUCUCUGGAAAUGGUUUGGAAAGGUAAAUACUAGCUCUAAGGGCAUACAUUAUUAUUCACGGCUAUAUUUGCACAUAUCUCAGAUAGUAUUUAUGGUGCACAUUAAAGUUCUUCUCAGUUGUUAUUGAAAUUGCUUCUGCAUAGGAUAAUCUUCUUUAUUCAUUUGUGUUUGUGUAAACUCCCUGAUGAUCAGGUAGCCUUUUGGGAUCAGAUUCACCCAGAGAUGAUGAGUAAGAAACUAAAACCCACAAACUGAGUUACACUCUCAGCCACUUUAGCUCUGAGACCUUCUCAGCUCUUCUCCUUCUGUGGCAUAAACCUGAUGUAUCUGCAUUGGAGACGGACCUCCAGAAAAAUAUAGAAAACGUUCUCAGGUGACCUGUGCAUUUUUGUUUUUUCAUAUAUACAUAUACAUCUUCCACCUAAAGCUAAAAGCUUCAAGUAUUGUUGGAGAUCAAAUAAACUCUUGUCUUUUCUUUUCCUCCCUGCUUACUUUUGUCAGGCAGGUGAUUUGUCAGCCGUAAUGCUGAACUGUAACAAGGUAUGUCUGGUCUGAGGAACUGUUGCGGGCUACUGCUAACAGCCAUGUAGUUCAGGUCAAUAUUGGUCACUUACUAAAACAAGCCUACAAUAAAUUUGACGAUGGUCAUCAAACAGAUAUGCAGACCCUUAAAAAAGAAAUGGCAAAUUGUUGAGGCAUUGGCAUGAUGCAACAGGAAAUGGCAAACAAAACAUUCUUUCAGUUGGGACCCUCUUUUGGGGCAAAGGUGACCACUGCAACUCAACCAAUAUUGGCAGUGAAUUUUUCAUGAGCAAUGACGACGGCAGGCGUGAUGUUCUGAAAGAACUGUUUUCUGUGUUUCUUCAUGUCCGUACCAAGGGGUUGUGAAACUGGAAAGAACUUUGAGCGUAAGAAUUUGCAUGUUUUUUGUUUUUUUUUAGUGCAUGUUGGAAAUGAUUUAUCAUAUCGUCCUCAAGUUAAUUUUGAGCAUUUGUCUGUCUUGGAUGCAUCUUGUCGUUAUAUUAUAGUAGAUAUCCGUUAACAAGCUGUAUAUCCUUUACAUGUGUCCUUCUUCUCCAUUGCAUUAUCAGUUUAUAGUUUGUAUCUAUAGAUCCAUGCUCAAGUCUUCCCUUUGAUAGUUUUGAACUAAACACAACCAACAUUGCAUGCUUCCAUGUCGUCUGUUGUCAGACUACUCCUUGUCGAAAUCAUUUUUCCAAACUUGGAGUCACAGAAAUGGACUCCUGCUGCUGACAUCAUUCUUUUCAGCUCAACUUCCUCAGUGAGAAUAACUUAAGGACAUUGUUUAAUGUAUGCACCCAGUGGAGCUACUUGAAGAAAGCCCACUUUAUUGGCUGAGCGAACUAUCACUGAAAAGAUAAUCUACUGGGAACUAUUGUUGAAAGUGUGGAAAAUAAGUGACUGAUCAGCGGCCUGUGAGGAAAUUAUCCUCUGGUUACCCUUGGCCAUGGUGAUGGACUUACAGUUAUCUCUUUGUUAACAAGGACUGAAAGACUUCCUGUGUUGUUGGCAUCACAAACUGAGUUAACUAACUAAGCUGCUUGGUUUCCACACCAAUCAACUCAAGGCGCACUGAGGAAUACAGUGUACCGUAAGCAAAAGCAGACAUUGUAUUUUAUGAUGGGAGCGGCACGUGUGAAACGCCGCUUCAGUGCUGUGGUCGAUGGGCCAGUGGAGGAAGAGGAGAUCAUGAGGCUGGCACAGAGUGCUGCAGACACGGCCCGGGCAGGGGGGAGUCCAACGGGUACAGAGACCCCAACCAGUCCCUCGCCUACUCAUGCCCCGAACGGAAAAACUCUACCUCUUCAGACCAACAAUGCACGGAGGCAGAGUACCAUUGGAGUUGGGGGAGAAGCAGGAGAAGGCGGGGUGAGAGCUGGAGGAAUGUGCUCCGGGCUAAGGAGUGUAAGAGGGAGUAGUGUAGGAGGAAGAGGGAAAGGCCGAUCAUCCCCAGACCAGGAUUCGCUCUCUUCCCCUUCCACUAUCAAACGCCGGCGACCCAGGCGCUCAAGCCGCCGGCCCCGACAACGCUUUGUUGGCAAGGACGGACGCUGCAACGUCACCUUCGUCAACAUGAGCGAGAGGGGCCAACGCUACCUUAGCGAUCUCUUCACCACCUGUGUGGACAUCCGCUGGCGCUGGAUGCUGAUCAUCUUCACCCUCUCCUUCCUUCUCUCCUGGCUGCUCUUUGGAUUUGCCUUCUGGCUGAUUGCCAUUGUGCAUGGGGACCUCUCCAUUCGGCUUAGCCCCAGCUCUGGUUCUUCUCCGGGAUCAGGAGAGGCCGGGCCUGGAGGAGAGGCCGGUGGAGAGGAAGUGGUUGAGGAGCCGUGCUUCCUGCAGGUGAACAGCUUCAUGGCGGCCUUUCUAUUCUCCUUGGAGACGCAGACAUCCAUCGGCUAUGGAUUUAGGAGCGUGACCGAAGAAUGUCCCCUGGCGGUGAUGGCGGUCGUUUUGCAGUGCAUUGUGGGCUGCAUUAUUGACGCCUUCAUCAUCGGGGCGGUCAUGGCAAAGAUUGCUAAGCCCAAGAAGCGCAACGAGACCCUGAUCUUCUCUGACACGGCUGUGGUGGCGCUGAGGGACGGGAAACUGUGCAUGAUGUGGAGGGUCGGAAACCUACGCAAGAGCCACCUGGUAGAGGCACAUGUUCGAGCACAACUACUGAAGCCAAGGGUGACAGAAGAGGGAGAGUUCCUCCCAUUGGAUAAUAUGGACAUCAACGUGGGUUUUGACACUGGCACCGACCGCAUCUUCUUGGUCUCGCCAGUGACGAUUGUCCAUGAGAUCAACGACGAGUCCCCCUUCUUUGAGAUUGACCGAAAAACCCUGGAGAUCGACUCUGAAUUGGAGGUGGUGGUUAUACUCGAGGGUAUGGUGGAGGCCACCGCCAUGACCACGCAGUGCCGAAGCUCCUAUCUGGCUUCUGAAAUACUCUGGGGACACAGAUUCGAACCAGUGCUCUUUGAGAAGAAAGACUGCUACCAGGUGGACUACUCGUUCUUCCAUCGGACAUAUGAAAUCCCAAACACACCCUCGUGCAGUGCUAAAGAGCUCGCCGAGCAGAAGUACAUUCAAAGCUCACGCUCGUCAUUCUGCUAUGAGAACGAGGUCGCUCUGCAGCUCGUCUCCCCCGAUGAUGAGCCUGGCAAAGAUCCCGAGCGUCCCACCACAACGACCCGAAGGCAAUCCCUGGCAGAGCAACUCCACUACAACUGAACCUGUGGAAUGGGAGCCUCAAGGUUAAAAGAGAGGAGUUCUAGAGGAAGAACAGGCAAAGGAGAAAGGGAUAUGAAUGGGCAGACCAAGUGACACCUGAUUUAAGUAGAUACGGCCAGUGUCGAGAUAAAAGAUAGGACGCAGUAUUGUUAAUAGCAAUAAGACAGGAAAGAAAGUCCAGAAUCAGAGCCAGUCAUGAGGAAAGAUUUAGAUGAGCAUCUCUAUGCAGAUUGCACCAAUAGAUGUAUGGAAAGUGACUUAUUUUGGGUCAGUCUUUCUUUCUGGUGAAGGGUUACUCCACUGUCUAGUGUUGUCUGAUUGGUCCUGGCAAUCUUUCAAGAUCAUUGAAAACUCUCUGCUGACGUCUCACUUCUGGCCCAUCGCUACCACAACACACUCAUCCGGCUCUAAGUCCUGACUGGCAGAAUAAACAACAGCCCCCCACGGUGGCUCGAACACGCAACUGCCUGAGCAGGCACUUUUUUACCUCUAUAUGAGGUGGCUUCUGGAUGAAGCCAGGGUAAUGCACUUUGUGAGGUACAAUUCAGGGAUGUAUUCCUCUAUGAUGCCGACUUAAAAUUGGAAUGUUUUUAUUUUUCCGCAUGGUAAGUAUGGAUAGGGAACAUUUGGGGAACGUUUGAGCUUGGUGGAGGCUGUUGGUAAUGAAGUUGAAUCUUCUUGAAGAGCCAAAGCAGAGCAGUAACGUGGAGAAACUGCUAAAAACCAGCAGCAAUUUUGAGCAGUUUCUUUUCCAUGUUGUUCAUUGAAUGUUGUUUUUGGGGGCUUUUUUUAAUUCAUUUAUUUUCUGUGUGAUUCAAAAAAUGUUCACUGAUCGUAACAUUUGCUUAGUUUAAUCCAACCUGUCGAGUUAAAUUGCAGCAAACUACUGCAGUGAUACACAAUGACAGAUAAUGAUAGCUGUGUCCAGAUACGCUAAUUCCUUUACAUUCUUUCUUGCACUGUGAUCUACAGUGUCUUAUAAUGUCCGGUGUUUUUAAAUCUAUCACAUAGUAUUGUGCUGCUCGUUUGCUGUUGGAUUGUAGUACUUUGCGAGUGACCUUGUCAUCGACUCGGACUGAAUGAGGGUCCGCUCUCGGGGACUCACUGUUAAUGCACUGGAGGCCCAAACUCACCUGAACAUAACUGGAGUGGGAGAGAUGUUGUGAUGAUGGCUUGCCGUGUCACCAUUUCUGACAAAUUAAACGUUUGUCGAACAUCCGUGCAGACGGACGAGGAUUGAACUGGCAACCACACCCAGUUCAUAUAAAUGAUUCUGUAUUUUUGUGCCCAUAAAGCCUAAUCUAAUUCUAAUGUGUAACGGUUUGUUUCUCUCACAAAUUGUGAGAACGGUGUAACGAGUGGUGCCUUCAUAACAACCCAGAUGGUCUGCUGCUGGCCCUUCAUCUGCAGCAGUUACUUUCACAUUUGAAAUGUGCUUAAAGCUUAUUUUUAUUGUGAAUUUGUAUAAUGCUACUUAUGCAAGGGAGUUUGUUUUCAAAUGCUUUAACAUUUGCAGGAUGUUGUUCUAUGGAGAAAAAUAUUGAUGCUGUGAAUCUGCUCAGUAGCUGAAUAGUCUCAAUAUGAACAUGGAUUGUAUUAUAUUGUAGACUGUAUUAGUGGCACUUUGUAGUUUUAUUACAAAGUACUUGGAAUGUUUGUUUGGAUCCUGUAUUUAUUUGCAGUCAAUUAUGCCAUUUGAGUAUUUAAGUGUUCAAUUAUAGAAAGUAUUGGUAAAUACAAGUGAGUUUCAGGGGUGCAGCAUGACAUUGUGAAGUAUUGACCAAUAAUCAGCCUAUCCAACGCACAUCUUGCGAACCAAUUGUUUGUACUUUGCACUUAAAAAUGGAGACUAAUAUCACAAAGGAAGCUCUAGAACAGCACAGUGGUGUUGCUGGAUCAGCACACGCUAACUUUAAAGCAUCAGUUGCAGUGUUUCACUUCAGUUAUUGAGAGUUUUUUGUGAUAAGCUUGAGGCGUGAGGUAUUAACAUAUUAUCUUUUACAAUUAGUGUUAAUACUGUUCUAUGUUUGCAUUCUCCCGUACCCUUCUCCUCUCUGGCUUCCAUGUUCUAUUCAUAGGCUGCAUGGUGGAUCAUGUCAUUCACCCUCCCUCCAUUUGUAACUUGAACGUUCUGGACUAUCACUUUAACUAUCGGCUUUUUAAACUCCCCAGAAACAAAUAGACAGAUGGACUAUUUGGUCAUUUCAGUGGUUAUCUAGGACUCUCUACUUGCAGUGGACACUUUUUUUAAAUCAUAUGUAUUUGUAAUUAACAUUGUGUAAAAUACAUUGUAACCCUACACAUAAGCUGUUACUACCUUUCUAUUUUAUGUUAAACUUCUAAGGAGAAAGAUGAACCCUCUUACUCUGAAAUGUAAUUUCAGAACUGCCUCAAACACGGAGAUCUUUUAAAAGAAACUGAACUGUGUUGUAGAGCAAAUAAAACACAGUAAUUAUA